AUGGUGAGAGCCCAUGAAGGUGACGCUGAUGCCGAUGAUGUUAGCCCCGGUGAGCUAGCAGAUGACGAAUCAGAUGAUGUGGAUGAGAAGGACAGAGAGGAUGCGGAAGAAAUCCGCAAGGACAUUCCACCAGUGGUGAAGAAAGAGAUACUCGAUGAUGAACGACAGAGAGGCUCUUGCGACCGCUCCUCCUCGUCAGCUGCCACCUCUCCAAGGAGCCCGCGCCAUGGACCUCUGGCGUCGCCUGUCCACUCCCUCCCCGUCCCGAGCCUACCUUUCCCAUCCACAAACGGUCCGAUGACGAUGUUGAGCAAAAUGUGCACUGCUCUGUCGGGGACGGACAGUGAUUCUGAGGAUGAGGACUCGGAACUGGAAGCCAUGCUUCGCUUUAAUCAACUCGGAAUGUUUGCCAGUGGCAACAGGCCAACCUUCCCGGAGCAGGAGGAGGCCUUGGACUUGAGAGUAUCCAAAGUCAAACACCGGAAAGAGUCGCCGGGUCACAAGUCGAACGGCAGAUCCAAGGCGAGAUCGGAUUCGUCCGAUACGAGUCCGGGCAAAUCGGUGAAAACCGUGUUCUGUGAGACUGUCCCUCGAGAUGUACUAGCCAGUGUGUCCCGAUUGCAAGCAGACUAUAGCGUGCUUCCAUCCCAAGUCAGUCUCUGUCGUGGGAUCAAUGGCCGCUGUAACUUUGUCCUAUGCACCGAUUGCUACCAGGCCUUCCCCAAUGUGGGAAUGCUAUCCUUGCAUCUCAUAGCUACUGGACACAAUAGCACAAAGCAGCUGAACUCUGAACUCAUGCUACAGAGAGGAUACCUGGCCCUCAUUCCACCAAGGACAGAGUUUUUCAGCACCUGUGCAUUACGCAGGAAGCAACGCCUCCCUGCGGCAUCCUCACGGAAGGAACUGUGUGCGUACACCUGUGCCACUUGCUCAGUCUCAUUCCCAGACUUCUUAGACUAUACUGUGCAUCUAACGACAAGCGGACACGAUAAGCAGGAGAAGCCGCACUCGUCACAGUCUAAACCUCCCGCUGGGGACUGUCCCGAGGAGAUCCCAGUCAACCAAGUCCUGAAAUGCAUGAUUUGCCAAGCUUCAUUCCGAACCCUUAAAGAUCUGACCAUGCACAUGGUCCGGACAAAACACUACAGUCAUGUCCCGGGACACACCGGGAUCCUCUUGACCAGAGCCAACGCCAAGCAAGAUGAGAAAGGAAUAGAUGAUGCGGAAGAGGAUGGAGACAUCUUGGAGGAUGAGGAAUGUCCGAUGCCGGCCAAUUCUCUCGUAGAAAGACUACCAGCCAAUGUUCUGUCCCAAGAGACAGAGAAACUAUCACGGAGAGAGCAGAGAAACUCCCAGAGCUCCGUCAGUUCGAAAGAAGAAAUGUGUCAGACCGCGACUAAGGCUGCACUGAAUCAGUUGUUGGCUGCUCGAAGUCAUAGCGCUCAAAAGAGUCCCCAAGCUCUUGAGCGACCACACUCAGUCGAUUCUGAAAUAAAUCAAAGGACAUCUAGCAAAAGUCGAUCGCUCAAGUGUUUAGGAUGCUAUCACCUAUUUGCUAAUGUACACAAACUCACGGAGCACAUGAAGGAGACGGGGCAUUUUCUUGCUCCUGCCUUCGGCCAUAAUACCCUGCAUAAUGAGGCAAGCUCAGAGCGCAAGGCACCAACAAACGGAACGAGUGUGCCAAUGAAAGCAAGCUCGCCCACCAAGAAGCAGCAUAUGAGUGGUGGAGAAAAGGAAGACUCCAGCCAACAACCGGGAGAUAAAAUAAAGAUUGUUCUCAAGGACGGCGCCUCAAAGAAACAGCUGCUGAGUGUGUCUCAAAAUUUGGAUUCAGAGAGUAGGAAAGCAGCCGUUAGAAGUGACCGUCCGGAUGACGGUGAAGACAAUAAGUCAAAGUCUCAAAAGAAACUGCAGAAGGCCACUUCUGCUGAAAGCAUCGGGGACGCUGUCUGGAAAGAUAGCCUCCGCGAAUCUCCUGUCUCGAAUGAGCCACAAAAGCGCACAGAUAAGACACCAAGUCCUCAUGGGUCACCCCCGAGCUCGGCUAUUAAAUACGUGAGCCCGGAUAACUUUGAUGAGAUUUUUCCUACCAACAUGACCAAUCUGUCUUGCCUCAAACCGCGCUCGUCAGAGAGCAGUGUAACAAACCCGCUCGAUAAGCUCACAUCCAUGGUGGAAACGGCCAAGGAGACAAACUUUCAUCCCAGGUUGCUGAGCAACAACCACUACCGAGUACCAUGGAUGCCAUUGGUUGAAACGCCCCAGCACCAGUACGUGAACGGUGGAGGUAUGUUCCCAAGUUAUGCCGGUCUUGCCAUGGUUUACAACGCUGUUUCCCAGGCGACAAGCCCCUCCGAUGUCAUUGCCUCCAAGAUGGAAAAGCAUCUCAAAGCGAAAGAGUCCGAAAAUGUGACUGUGGCGGAGGCGAUCGAUAAAAUCUUGUCCCAUUCAUUUCGGAAAGAUGACAAGAGUCCUGAAUCUCGUCACAGCCCAAAGCUCGACCAGGCCACUGGAGGGCAACGCCAUGGUCAACCCACUGGACUGAAAUCAAAUCUGAUGGAAACUUGCCCAUCGAACAAGAGCAGAGUGCAUUCAAGAAAAUCCUCCAGGCAUGCACGGAGCGAACAUCUGAAGAGAUCCACAGACAACAAAGAGUCCCAAAUCGAGCAUCAGAGCCAUAGAAAAAUCGCUAAGAGGAGGCACUCACUGGCUUCGGAAUCAGUAAAAAAUUCACACUCAAGGGACUUGGUCGCCCAGACCAAAUUCAGUUCAAAGAAUACCCUCUCACUGAAGUCAUUCAGGGCUGAUGUUCAGUUUGCCGAUCAGAAUACACACUCUGAGAAUGAGCCGCAGGCUACCGCGUCGUCGUUGUCCAACAACAAAAAACAGUUGGUGAGGGCGACGACCGUAAGCAUCCCCGUUCAGAAAUAUGUUCAGAAAAAAUGUCCGGCAUCUUUUAAGAAGUCCAGUCAUUCUUCGUCUGAGAGUGGCAGAAAGGAGAAGAAUCGUACAGAGACUUACAGAGAAAUGAGAAACACAAGAAAUUCAUUCAAGCGGAGUGAGCAUCACAAGCGGCAUUCGUUCAACAAGCAUGUCGUGGAAGAGGGAAUGAGAAGCGGUUUGCAAAACCAUAAAAACAAUUCGCAAAACCGCAGUCGGAAUAUGAAUGCUCUAGAUUUGAACGGCUCCCCUCUUGUGCCCGCUAAAGUUCACAACAGUGUGAGCAAUAAACAGAAUCACGACAAAAUUACCACCACCCCUGAGAAACAAAAUGGAGGUAGCGAUAGGCAAGCCAAGACAAGAGAUCUUACCUCAUCCACCGGAGCGUCAUGCAGUAGCCAUAAUGAUGGUGUCAAUGACCUGUCUCAGCGAGACAAAGUUAAGGUAAAGACUGAGACAUGUCCAAACUUGUUCUCGAAAGAAAAACCAAAUGCUCCAGCAGACAUCCCCGAGGAUGUCAAACCAUUUAUUUUUGAUGGAAAGCACAGACAUCUAGUUACCAACAGUGACAGUGUCGAGAAAACUCAGACAAAGAUAGGAGAGGGUCAUCAGUAUUCGGCGCAGAAUGGGGACACACACCAUGAUACGACGGGUGACAAUGAAAUCAUAACCCCCGCCGAGGGACCCAUUAGUCGCCUCAAGCGGAGUCUGGAAAUGUAUAAAAUGUUCUGCGACGGCGCCUCCACCUCGCACGAAAGACGACCCGCGAUCUCGGACAGGAGCGUCAGCAAGACAGCGUCAGUAAAACCUUCAGGGAGGAUCACCUCCCCAUCCCCACCUCUGCUGGCGGCGUCAGCCUCGGGCUCGAUGAAAAUCAAGAAAGAGCCCGGGGUCGUCGAAGUUCAAAAGUGCCAAACUGGUGAACAUGAUUGCAGGUCCAUGAAAAGCCACAGCUUGCCCGUCAAGAGAACCCUUAACAAUAACAUGCUGCCCUGCUCCACGGAGAGCAAAACUCCGGACUCCAAAGCCGGGAGUCGAACCUCGGGAUCACCCGAGUCAUUAACAACAAACUCAGCCACCGAUGCUAGGCGCAGUGUUGUCCUAAGCAAUUCGGACCUUGUGAAAUAUAACGACACUGCAUUGUACAAGAACAGCGACCCACUACAUGAAAUUGACAAACUCGUUAACAGUACGACCGGGAUCCAGCAUCCACCUGUCCCACUGAAAAUCGCUCGGAUUUCGGUGGAUAUGGCCAACAGAGGAGCGUACGUGAUGAAACGAGAACCGGAGAUCUACGUUAACCCGGGGAUCGAGAACACAAAGACUAAUCCGCUGGAGGAAAUGUGUAAAAUGCUCAACUCUACACACAGAUGACACCAUCAUGGAAUUCAGUAUCAGGUUCGGUUGUAUGGUGUUCACAUGAUGGAAACCACAAUACAUUCUAGUAGAUGUCUUAAACGUUCAUCAGAGAAGCGUUGCACAUGUAAGACAACAGUGAUGAAUCACGGUAAAUGGAGUCUAAUUUUCACAUCUGAGGGUAAUUUUCUGGUCUUUCAUGGAUCUCGUUUCCACGUAGAAAGAUAUGUCUUUUCAAAUUUUUUAGGCAAAACAACAUUGACAACAAUUUGUAAAGUCAUCAUCAUAAUAAUGCUACUAAUAAUGAUAACAUAAUGAUAGAGUGCCUUAUGUGAGGGCUUCACAGAUAAUAACAGAGGCAAAAUCAAAUAAACAGUGGACAAAAAAACUAAAUACAAUUUACAAGAGACAAGUCAGUAACAUUCAAAGGUAAAAAAACUCAAAGCCUAAAAUAUAAGGACUUGAUUUUUUUUUUUUAACUCAGCCAAGAGACAACUACAGUAGCUACAAAAACAACAGUAAAAUUGUGUAUACCAAAGUAGUUGACUACAACACUGAUACAACUUGCCCAGUUAUGAACUUACGUCAAAUACAAAGAAACACAAGUCAAAGUCAGCAACCUUGUAUCAUACCGGAAGAAGGCAAUGACCGCAAGCACCAUAUUCCAUGGUCGUUACCAGGGAUGAAAGUACCCAAAACCUCAACCCAUGGUAGACAAAAGAUGGGAAACACCAUUUGUAGCUUUAGAUACAGGGCCCAACUUUUUAGAGCUGCUUAUAAAUAAGCACAAAAGAAGUAGCUAAGCACAUCAAUGUAAUAUGCUUAUCAGAUUAAGGUUCCCAGCCAAAAUACCAUUCACGUGUACAAUUUGUGAUUGGUCCUGCUCAUUUCUGCUUAGCAGGGAAUUGUUAAGCAGCAUUUUCUGCAUAAGCCCAGGAGACUACCAUACAAACACACCCACUUAUGAGCAUCAACGACUAAAAAACACAAGUUAAAAGUCAACAACCUUAUACAUCAUGCCAGACAUGUUACCCUCCAAUCAGCCCUUGUGUAUAGCACAGGAAAGGAAUGUACCCAACUGUCCACCAUUUGUGCUACACCCAUGUCUCCUGUUUUCAUUUUGCGUCACUUGCUGAUUCCUCGGCCAUCCAUUUUCCCCCUUUUUUUUUUAUCUUGCCUCUGACAACUUUUUCACAGUUUCCGUUGUUGGGGGGCAAUGUUUUGUCAGAAUGUCACAUCAGAGCCUAAACGUUCACCAUACGCCUUAUAUGAUGUUGUCCGCUGGGGAUUUGCAUUUAUUAUUUUUCUGAUGUUUUCGUUAUAGUACCCUCUAAGGUCGAUCUAUAUUAAUUUUACCAGCACAUUUUUGUUUUUGUUUUU